GACGUCACUUCGACAAUGGCUGCGGAAAGUGACAGCUCACAAAUUUCCGACAAUUUCUCGAAUUUAAAAAUAAAUACGGAUAGCACUAACAAUGUAUCUAGUGUGAAUUCUCCAGUUGAUACUUCAAAGUAUGGCCUCCCUUUGAAAGAAGUAUAUCGACUCGCCUAUAACUUUUACAAGGAAAAGGAAGGAAAAGCGGUACAUUUCAGUUAUGAGGACAAACUACAGCUAGUGGCAUUUGCCCAACAAGUAUUACAUGGACCUUUGUCUGAAGCGAUACACAAAUUGCCCCCAUUAGGAACCUUGGAUGUUGUAGGCAAGGAUAGGAGAGAUGCAUGGCUAAAGUUGGGCCAAUUGCCCAGUGAAGAAGCUAGAGAAGGCUUUGUAGACCUUUUGUCUAGACUAUGUCCUUUGUUUGAGGCCUAUGUGGAAGCACACCGCACUGAGAUUAGGGAAAAGGAGAGAAAACUUAAGGAGGCAGAAGAGAAAAGACUGUUAGAACAACAAGAGGCAUUGAAAAAGGAAGAGGAGCAAAAGAAAAUACAGGAACAACUUGAAAGGGAAGAGGCAAUAAAACGUCAAAUUCAACAAGCUUUAAAUGAACAGACUUAUGACCAGUUUAGAAAAUAUGCUGAACAACAAUAUCCAGGAGAUCCUGAAAAGCAAGGUGCUCUAAUUAGACAACUUCAAGAACAGCACUAUAUCCAAUACAUGCAACAACUGCAAGCAGCUCAAAGAGAAUCCACACAAGAACACAUUACUGAAUCUUCAAAGGCUAAUGAACAAGUACAGGAUUCAGAAAAUACAAAUGAAGAUGAUAAUGAAGAGGUGACUUUGAUGGCUCCAAGUAUGUGGACAAGACCAGAUGUGGAGGAAUUCAAAAAAACAGUAUCAGAGGCAGAAGGUGAUGGAGUAGUGAGAGUUGGACAUGGAGAGACAGUUACUGUUAGAGUGCCAACACAUCCACAAGGUACCAAACUCUUCUGGGAGUUUGCAACUGACCAUUUUGAUAUAGGUUUUGGAGUGUUCUUUGAGUUUGGCACCCCCAUUUCUGAACAAGUGACUGUACAUGUAUCUGAAAGCGACGAGGAAGACAUGGACGAACUCGACGAUGAUGACAUAUUCAAUGAGGAGGCUAUUCGUACCGGCGAUUUGGAAGCAGGAUCUGUCACGCCGAACGGUAUUUCUAAGCCUCUGCUCACCGAAAUUGUUCCAGUUUAUAGGAGAGAUUGUCAGACAGAAGUGUAUGCUGGUUCACACCAGUAUCCAGGAAAAGGAGUAUAUCUGUUGAAGUUCGAUAACUCGUAUUCACUGUGGAGGUCGAAAACUCUGUACUACAGAGUAUAUUACACACAGUAAAUCUAUUUAUUAUAAAUGUAGAGUAUUAAAUUUACAUAAAUCCAAUGUUCCAAUGAAUAUUUAUAUAUUUAAAUGAUGUAUAUUGUAUGUACUAUGAAAUAUGUUGUGCUAAGAGUAAAGUGAUAUUCGUAACCGUGAA